CAGGUGCUGAAGCUGAGGAUGCGGGCCGGUCAUGACUCCUGCUGGCGUCACCUCCAAUGCCGCCUUCUGCACGGUCCUUACGCUGCUGGUCCCGCUCUCAUGUAUUUUCACAGCUUGUGCCGGCUACAUGGUGAAGGCUCCUCCCAACUACACAGCUCUGGAGGGCCACCUCACCGCCACCGUGAUCCUUGCGCCCACGCCGCCCUCAACAGAAGCCCCGCUGUACACAUGGGACUUCGAGAACAGCACUACCUCGCCGGCCAACGGCACGUCAGACGCGUCCUUCUACGCAGAUGAUGUCGACUCACAGGAGGCGGAGGCGGAGGCUGACGACACGACGACAGACUACGGGAACGUGCUUGGAGAGCCGCUGCCGCCGCUUCGUUACAUGAAUGGCUCGGUGGACUUGAACUCCUUGUACGAUGCGAGCGUAGAGGAGGAGGAGGAGGAGGAGGAGGAGGAGGAGGCGCUGGAGGAAUCUGCGGAGCCCCUGACCCUCUCGCUCUUCGCUAAGGGCUACCGCCGAGCCAUCAAGACGUACCGCGUGACGGAGAAUGUGGCCAGCCUGUCGUUCGUGUUCCCAUGCGGCCUCGUGGUUCAGGGGGGCAUCCACUUCUUCAGGCUGGAGCGAGGCGGCGAGGUGCUCGCGGAGAGCGGGGAGGUCGAGGUGGCCUGGCCCAAAGUGGUGAUGGAAGUGCCUCGGUGGCUGGAGACCUACCACAGCCCCGUCGACGUCGAGUUCGGGUUCACGCGCAACAUCUGUCUGCCGCAGAGCCCCAUCCACUUCAAAGUUUGGGUAGACCUUUUAUAUCACGGGAUUCCUGUGGCUGGACCGGACCCCUACGCCCCGCCUACCUCCGCCACGUCCCCUGGCAGCGGAAAGAGUGGCAAGACUCGCGGCGCCUGGACGCCCUUGGACGACGACCGCCUCAGGAGAGCACUGAGGAAGGGCAGGAACAGGACGAACGACCGGGGCCGAAGGGAGGGCAAGAGCCGGAGGAAAUUCACAUGGAGAAUGAAGAAGCAACGAAGAAGAAAAAAUCGAAUCGUGCGACCGGACUCCAUGCGGGGAGACACGCAGGACAAGGAAGUUGGAGCAGAAGGCGAGGCCGAUGAGGCUCUCGCGCGUGCCAAGAGGAUGAUGGGGGCGCAGCCUCCCAGGGGGACGCUGGUGAGCUCAGGCGCGCGGGCGGGGUCGUCAGCCUGGGGCGGGCGGGCCAUGCGCCUCGAGAGGAUACUGCUGCCGGGCUUGUACGCGCGAGGCAGCCACAAGGUCAGCUUCCUCUGCGACAGCAUAGGACCCGCGGGCUUUUACAGCGUCCGCCUCAUCACGAACGUGUCCUCGAGCCCUGUCAUCGCCUCCUCCGAGUGGUUUACAGUGGUCUGGAGUGACCUGUUCAACCUGUUCAUCAGAGCCUCAAGUAUCACCCCUUGUAGAGGCUCCAUCGGCGUGACUGUGUCUUAUCCUGCGUGCAUCGGCGAGUUCGACAAGGUGAGGGUGUUCGCUCGCGUCCGGGCCAACGUCACCUCCGCGGACCCACCCACCGUUGACAGAUACCUGCUGGAGCGCCGAGUUAUUCCUUCCAAGUCCUCGGUGGUGUUCCCGUGCUCCGUGUUCGAAAUCGAGGCCACCGACUUCUGCUUCGUGUAUGUCAACACCGCCAAAAACAAGGCCGUUUCCGAAGUCCAGAGGAAGUGCAUCCCGACGUACAGACCCAACGUGAUUCGCGAGGCCGGCCAAUGGGGACAGUGGGCUGCCUGGACCAGCUGCACCUCCAGCUGCGGCCGUGGGAAGCGCCUUCGCCACCGCUUCUGCGACAGUCCCCCCAGCAGGAACGGCGGCGACUAUUGCCAUGGCGAGAGGCUUGAAAUGACCCCUUGCGAAGGGCCUCCGUGUGGAGAGCCGACCAGGCAUCCCGCCCCUGCCUCGACGCCCAAGGACUCCAGGUGCGGCUGCGGCUGCACCCUUGCCCUCCCGCCGGGGCAGGCCACGUCCAUCACCGCCUCUGCGGCCGACUGCAUGGGCACGGCCGUCUGGCUUUUGCAGGCUCCGGAGGGCGAGCACGUGACGGCCGAGGUGGUGUGGGCUGCCCUCAAGCCCGGGGCGCAGUGGCUGAAGCUGCGCGAUGGCGACGCUGCCGUGGCUCCCCUUCUGGCUCGCCUCCCUUCCGACGCCGAUAUCUCGCCUUCUGUGCCUUCGCCUCGCCGCCACUCGCCUCGUCUCCGCUCCUCUGGCACCGACCUCCUCCUCGAGUUCCGUUCCGACAUCAAUGCGUCCACGCUUGGCCUCACGCCGGCCUCCUGGGGCUUCCUCGUGACGGCCUUCCCUUCAGACGAGGCACCGGUGGUCGACGGCCGAAGCGACCUCGCUGCGCCCACGACCUCGUACGGGCGGCUGUUGGCGGGGAUGCACAUCGCCGCCGUGGUGUUCGUGGCCAUGCUGGUCGCCGCCGUCGUCGCUCUUGCCGUGUACCACUGGCGUCGGUACCGGCUGUACAAACGGGCACGACUCAUCCCGGAGUCACCUUACAUGACGCCCCCGAGCACGCCAUCAAAGGAGGUGGUGAAGGGGUCCUCCACCCUUACGCUGACGGAGGUGAUUUCCCUCAAGUCGCUAAGGCUCCGGACGCGCAUCCCCGUCUCGCUGCCGAUCCGCAAGCGCGGUGGCGGCACGGCAUAUGCGUCGGUGGACGAGGACCAGGCCGACUUGGGGCCGCGGCACUCGCUGCCCAACUCCCCGUUCAUGACGCGCCGCAUCUGCACCCCCACCAUGCUGCGGAGGUCCUCCUCGCAGCUGGGGCGGAUCCUCAGGAAGGGAAGCGGGAACUUCAAGCGCAAGAAGAGAAGGUUCGCCUCCGUGGACGAGCUCGAGACUCGGUGUAUCUCGCCCAUCCACGAGACGCAGCGCGAGGAGGAGGGCGAGGGCGGCAAGGAGGGCAAGGCCGCGGACGGAGGGAAGGGGAAGGACGAGGAGGACUCGGCCAAGUAUCGCGAGUAUCGCAAGUCUCUCCUAGUGGGCGACAGCAAGGACCUUCGUCUCCCGCCGAAGUUGGCCAAGGAGAAGCUCAACCUGGAGAGGGCCCGGCGCUCCGUCAUGUCUCGCACCAACUCGAGCGCGACCAUGAGGGCUUCUUCCUCCGCCUCAGAGCUCUCCGUCAACGGCACCGAUACGGAGAUGGAGUACGACUACUACGACUACGACAUGGACAACGCGUCCGCCGUGCCAGGCUCGCUCUUCGGCCUAGACCCCCUGGUCCUGGCCUGGGUGCCGCCUUUCAUUCCAAUCCCAGGCGAGGCCACGCCUACAAACAGCGACAUACCGCUCCACAAUCUGAACCUGCCCCAGGACCUGUGCGCCAGCCCGCCCGCGCCCGAGGAGCCCGCCCGGCCCACCGUGCUGCCGCUCAAGUACCUUAACAUCCCCAACACCGAGGACGGCGUCGCGGCCAUGAUAAACAGCGUUCUGUCAGAGGAGGCCAACGACCGCCAGGAGCUGAUCGAGGACGAGGACGCAGGGGACGACGACGACGACGACGACGUGCCGCCUUUCGCGCUAGAUCAGACGCCGACGCCAAAUAACGGAAAGAUCCUCAACCUGGACGACAUUCAGUUCGCAGACGAGUCCGACGACGACGCCUUAUAGCGCUAACACCGCCGGGAAAUCUGUGCUCGAUGCGUACCGUUCGUGAAAGCUGGAGAGGUGGUUAUUGGCCCGUGAUAAAGAUACACUGAACUCAUAGUGUGCUUUGUAUUUCUAAGACUGUGUGUCCACUUCUAGUUUUAUGCCCCGUCUCGAAGCUCUAAAGGGUUUUAGCUUACAGGUGUUUGUCUGUCGCUGUGAAGUCUUUGAAGGAGUACAAUCGCCGCCGCCUUGGCGGAGUCCGUCAUGCUUGAGUACAAAGAAUUUUACAAAAAUAUUUUAUGAUAAUGUGAUGUGCUUUGGAUUUUUGUCAUUUCAGGAGCUAUAGUUGUUAGGAUUCUUUAUAACUAACUAUGCAAAAACCCGCAUUGUCAUCAUUAACCCACAUAGCUUCUCUUAGGCGCAUGAAACACCGAAUGGCCGCGUGGUUCCGGUGACUGACAUUCCCCCGUCUCCUAAGGCCUUUACAACCCCCCCCCCCCCCACACACACACACACCUCAUUGUUUGAUUCCCUUCUCGCGUCUUUGUCGUAUCAAUACUGUUAACAAUGUUGCCCGUGUAAUUUUCUAGUCCGUUGCUAGUCUGAAGAAAAAUGAUAAUUAGACCUCCUAUAUCAUAUGUGUCAGCAAAGCGAUUAAAAAGUAUAUGUAAAAUUGAACAGAUUUUUGCAGAUGAGUUGUAGUGCUGUUUCCAGCUGCCUCGAAAAUAUAUGCGUUUCGGUGAACCAAAGUCACCUGGAAGUACUGAUUAGGCUGAAUUAUUCGUGAUAUUACUGGUCUAUCUGUUUAGAAUGAUCAUAAGAAAUAAGUUGUUUAGAAUGUUCAAAAUAGCUGUGAAUUUGAACCUGAAUCACGAUUGCACUGCUUAUCGGAAAAUUGGUUGUAUUCCAACAAUAAAUUUUCUGGGCAAUUUAUUUUUCAUGUAGAAAAAGGCUUUUUGUAGAAAAUUAAGGUUUAAAGGCUGGACAUUUGUAAAAUGUCUGUCCAUUUCAGCAAUUUUAAGGGCAUUUAAGGGAUCUUUUGAUCGAAUAUGGGAAAUGUUUUAAGUGUAAUUCCCAGAGUAGUGACACAUCUCGUGAACGAAUAUUUCUAUCAAGAUUCACGCUGUUUGUGAUAUGGCGUUUAACCUUGAAUAUGUAAAUAUAUUAAAGUUCAUAUGAUAAUCUGUACAGUGUAAAUAUUCCUGUGUGUCACACCGAAAGUAUGAAGUGGAAGGGAGUUUCUCGUUUAAGCAAAUCGAACUUCUACACUCUGUUUCCUCUCUUUCUGUCUGGCUUUUUCUCUAAAUGCCCAGUUGUGUGUGUGUGUGCUUGUGCGUUCGUGUGUGUAUGUGUAUAUGUGUGUUUG